AUGCCAGUGAAAUGGCCCCUACCACUCAGCUCCGACUUUGACGAUGCCGAGGCUUAUGUGAAAUCAUUGCUUUCAUUUGUCACAUCUUCGGAGCUCUUCCAAAAUCUCUGUGGUGGUGUGCAUAUACUAGACUUCUUGACGAAAGAGCCGGAUCUCUACAGUACUGUUCUCCCAGAAGAAUGGAGAGUUUGGUUUCAGUUGCACGAUAUCCCCGCCAUCCUCGACCUCUUGAUGAGGGAAGAUGAUGGUCUCCUCGAAUCUCUUAAAAGCUCAAUAGAUACAUUGUCUGCAGAGAAGCAAGGCACAAAAUCUACAUGGCGGAAUGGUCCAUGUCCUCCCACAAGUCUGCUGGAGUAUAUCCAAGCGAUUCGUAGGCAUGCACUGAAUCGAGAUUUCAGACCCCUUGAUGCAUCUGCUGCACCAUCGUCUACAGGGACUGGUCCCCUCCCUAGACAUGUGGCAGUGGGGAUGAAACCCAAAAAGAUUCAUGAGGUUGAAAAGUUUGUCAAGUAUAUCAAUGGCCUGACCGCUGAUAUGGACACCACUGACGGUCAUAAAAUUACACAUAUUGUUGACUUUGGUUCAGGUCAGAACUAUCUCGGUCGAGCUCUAGCGAGUCCUCCGUACAAUAAACAGGUGAUAGCCCUGGAAAGUAAACAACAUAACAUCAACGAGGCUAAAACUAUGGACAUAACGGCUAGAUUGACCGAGAAGGAAAAGAUAAUGUGCAACAAAAAGCGGUAUAGAAAGGGCUCGCAGAGCACAAAUCAUGAUCCAGACACUUCUCAGCCAGGAAACGUACAAUCUAGUAGCAGCUCGCAAGCACCAGUAAAUGGCGAUAUUCACGGCUCCGUCAGUCAAGCAAACCCAGACGAAAGCAAAGGCAAAAUCCAGUACCUCGAGUCAUUCAUUCAGAAUGGAGACCUAGCAACGGUCGUACACGAGAUCAAAUGUGCUCCCAAUACUCCGGAUGGCAUGAUGAAACCAGAUCCACAGUUGAUGGUCAUCUCUCUCCAUUCCUGCGGCAAUCUCCUGCAUCACGGACUACGAUCUCUGAUCCUUAAUCCAUCCGUCAAAGCUGUUGCCAUGGUAGGCUGCUGCUACAAUCUGGUAACGGAGCGGCUUGGCCCCCCAACAUACAAAUUGCCGUCUUUGCGUUCUUCCAACCUGCGUCUCGACGCCACCUCAUCGACAUGCGAUCCACAUGGCUUCCCAAUGUCGGAAAGGCUUGCUAUGUACCAGCACCAGCUUGGCCAAGGUAUACGCCUGAACAUCACAGCGCGGAUGAUGGCCGUUCAAGCACCCGAGAAUUGGACUGCCACAGAAUGCGAGUCCUUCUUCACAAGACACUUUUAUCGAGCCUUGCUCCAAAGAAUGUUACUGGACCAUGGUAUUGUCGAAAAGCCAACCCAGGAGGGCGACGGGGAUGGUGGGGGUCCUCGCGGCUGGACUGGAGCUGGCCCAGCUCUCACGGUUGGCUCCCUGCGCAAAGUUUGCUAUUCUUCCUUCACCGCCUAUGUGCGUGGAGCAAUCACCAAAUUAGCGGACGAUCAGGAGCGCGGUAUUGCAAUUCAAAGACGUAUGGAGGGUUUGAUCGAUGAGGACAUAUCGCGCUAUGAAGACGACUUCAAAGAGAAGAAGAAAGAAUUGAGUGUUGUUUGGAGCUUGAUGGCCUUCAGCGCAAGCGUUGUGGAGUCGAGUAUUGUGGUGGAUAGGUGGCUGUAUCUCAAGGAGCAGGCAGAAGUUAGAGAAUGCUGGGUUGAGACCGUGUUUGACUAUAAGCAAAGUCCACGAAAUCUGGUGGUGGUGGGGAUCAAGAAAUGA